CACUGUGGAGAAUGGGCUAUGAGUCAAGUUUGGUUUGUAACAAGAAUACUAGAUGAAAUUUAGUCUUUUUCGGUGCUAAUAUUUCUUAGUUUUUUAUGCUACAAUAAUGUCUUGUGUUCUGGCAAAUUGUCUAUCUUACAUACAUGUAAUGCAUCUUAAGUUUAAAUAUACAUAGAAAAAUAGUUGCAACUGGAUAUUCUUAUUGGACUGUAAUUAGUAAGGAAAAAGAAGUCAUGCAUGUAAAACUGAACUAAACACCAGCGCCAAAUUAAAAAUACUUACUAGUAUAUUAGAAAAAAUAACACUGACUACAAAAUGGAGUAUUUAGGUUAUUUGACCUUACAAUAAAUCACCCGGUGGAUCAGUACCCACCCACCAGUGUUUUUGUUGUUAAUAUAAAUAUAAAAAUCAGCAAUAGGCGGUUUCUGUUAUUCGUCUUUCUUCUCUCUCUCCUUCAACCUACCAAGGGUUUUACAUUUCAAAGCUUAAACCCAUGGCUCUGACGAUGAGAGCUGCAGCGGCGGCGGCGCCCCGCGGUUUGCGCCGCUUUUUCUGCUCGAACCCAACCCCGUCUUCUCCCACUUUCCCUUUCGCUUCAACGCCACCUUCCGGAGCUACUUCCGCUCGACAGAUGGCGGAUCCCAACACCAACCUCUUCGUGUCUGGGCUUAGCAAACGUACUACAACGGAGAGACUGCGAGAAGAGUUUCAAAAGUUUGGCGAAGUGGUUCAUGCAAGGGUGGUAACUGAUCGAGUCUCAGGUUACUCCAAGGGGUUUGGUUUUGUGCAAUAUGCCACUUUAGAAGAUGCUGCUAAAGGCAUUGAAGGCAUGGAUGGCAAGUUUUUGGAUGGCUGGGUUAUAUUUGCAGAGUAUGCAAGACCAAGACCCCCACCUGGAGAAGCUGUAAAUAAUAUGACUAAACAGUAUGGCCGACCUUAUUAGUUCAUGCUCAUCCGAACCAUUUUUGUGCUUUAUUAUUAUAUGUUUGACAUUGCAAAUCACAAAGUAUUAUUUGUUAGAGAAUGGCAUUGAUGAUGCCUAGUUGUGGUCUUAAAUUAUUGACAAAUAUUUGACUGUUGAUAUGAGAGGAUGAUAUUGUUGUAAUACAGAUUUGUCUUUGAUA